AUUACAGUCUCUGAGAGAAAUCCCAUCCUGACAGCUCUGAGUUUAAGUACAGCCACUGCAGUCUCUUACAGUUUACUAACUUCAUCAUGACCGAUGCUUUGCUUCGUUGGACUGUUGAUAAGUUACAGCAUUGUUUUGGAUUAGAGGCAAGCGACGACAUUGUACAGUACAUCCUUUCCAUUGACAAUGCUGAUGAAAUUGUGGAGUAUGUUGGAGAUCUCUUACAAGGGACAGAGGGGAAGAAGCAGGAGUUUGUGGAUGAGCUGGUGCAGAGAUGGCAGAGGUGUCGAACGCAAGAGCCUGAUGGUCUGGGAGGCGUCUUCAGGAUAGAGCCAGUCAUGGAGGGUCUAGACACAACUCCCAAAGACAACCAGAAGAAGACCAAACGAAAGGGAAGAAACAAGCAAGAGAUUGCGACAGUCUGCCAGGCCGAGCCGGAGCCUGUGAAAACCCCCAUUGACUUGAUGAAGGCUCAGGAGAAAAGCGGCUCCAGCUCAGUGAAGAAGAAGAACAAGUUUGUGAAUCUAUAUGCUAAAGAGGGUGGAGAUAAGCUGGCUGUUCUGCUGCCGGGCCGCCAGUCCUGCGAGUGUUUGGCUCAGAAACACAGACUCGUCAACAACUGUCUGAGCUGCGGACGGAUAGUGUGUGAGCAAGAGGGCUCCGGGCCCUGUUUGUUCUGCGGCAGUCUGGUCUGUACCAAUGAGGAGCAAGAGAUUCUGCAGCGAGACUCCAACAAAAGUCAAAAGCUCCGUAAGAAACUCAUGGGAGAGGGAACUGAACGGGACUAUCUGCCCCACCAAGAGGCCAGGAUGAAGACUGGUCUGGAAAAAGCCGUAAAGCACAAAGACAAACUUCUGGAGUUUGACAAGAACAGUGUUAAGAGGACACAAGUCUUGGAUGAUGAAUCCGAUUAUUUUGCCACGGACUCGAACCAGUGGCUUUCUCCAGGUGAGAGGGAGGCCAUACGCAAGCGAGACGAGGAGCUCCGGGAGCUUCGACACGCCUCCCGCAAAGACCGCAAGAUCACAUUGGACUUUGCGGGUAGACGAGUGCUGAAUGAAGGGGAGAACCUGAGUCCAUACUACCAGAAGUUUGACGAUACAGUCAAGGACAUCCACGCUGGUUCUUUUGGUCGGACAUCAAAACAUUCAGCUUCCACUGAUCGACAGCACCUCAGAGAGCUCGUCAACCCCAAUAUAGCACAGGCCGCGCCAGAGUGGGUUGACGUGGCCUGUAGCGACUCCUCCCGCAAGUCUUCUUCAAAGGCUGUGAGUAAUACACAGAAAAGUGAGCGCAGCCGACUCAGACUGCAGGACAAAGAGCUCCAGGAGAUGUCAGAUGGAGGCUGGUGCCUCAGCAUGCAUCAGCCAUGGGCUUCACUGCUUGUUAAGGGCAUAAAAAGGGUUGAAGGCAGAACAUGGUACACGUCCCAUAGAGGGCGCCUGUGGAUCGCAGCCGCUGCUAACCGUCCAACUCCUCAAGAGAUCGCAGGGGUGGAGGCCAUGUACCGACAGAUUUACAAAGACCAGCCCCAGUUUCCUGCGGAGUAUCCCAUAGGCUGUCUGUUGGGCUGCGUGAACGUCACAGAGUGUCUCUCUCAGGAGCAGUUCAGGGAACAGUAUCCCAAGAUCAGCGAGGAGUCGACUUCUCCAUUUGUCUUCAUUUGCUCCAACCCCCAGGAGUUGGUGGUGAAAUUUCCCAUGAAAGGGAAACACAAGAUUUGGAAACUGGAGAGCCAGAGCCACCAAAGUGCCAAGAAGUGUUUAAUGCAGCCGGCGUGACCCGAAACAAAGCCGCGGCGGUCCAGAGACGAGGAACGCCGGCCGUGUCGGACGGUGCUGGGAAUGGAAACCAGAAUCAUUGGUUACAUUAUAAAGUUAUUGCUUUCUCUGCAAUAAAAGGCUGAAGACGACUUGUGUAUCUGGUCUUUAAUAUAUUUGUUAUAAUCCAGUCUUUUUUGCCAUAUAAUUAACCAUCUCGAUUGGAUUUCCAGCUCGGCCUGAACCAGACCCGCUUGGCUGAGCAAGGAAUUCUCUGCUUACUAAAGAGGCAAUUGUGCUGGAGAGCUCGUAUUGGAGCGGCUCUUGUUAUUUGGGCCACAAAGCCUCUCAGGUUUUUGGGCCUGCUCUCUCUGAGUGAUUGAGUGGCCUCUUUGUGACACAGGCAUCUCUGCAGCAGAAAGAGCAAAUGACUGGCUCCAUUAACGGGAGAUUGCAUGAUGGGAACUGCAUUAAAGUGGGCAUGGAGCGUAUAUUUCCUUCUUCUUGUGCAAAACGCGGGGAAAUACAUCAACAUGAUAAGUGGUGAGCUAGCAUCUGCGCUCUGGUGAAUGGAGAGUCUGUUCUGGGAUUGCUUCAAUCAUUUUGAGGAAUUCUCUCAAAUUAAUAAUAAUCUAAAAAAAAAA